AUGCCAAGGGCCAGCUGGGAAGACGCUUGUGCUCUGGACGCUUACUUGGAGCUGCAGUCGGACUACUACGAGGUCUACGAUGCCGCCUGCGACAUGGUGACUCAUCUGGAGAAGACGGUACGAGGAGAGAAGCCCUCACCCUCGUUGGUAGCUGAAUUUCGCCAGAAGGUGAACACCACCAAUGAGGAGGCCGAAAAGAAGAUGACCCGAAAGGGCGUGACACCGAGGAGGGGAAGGUCACUGACGGAUCGAACUGUUCGAAGCACCCUUCGAAAAUGCGAAUCCCUGACGAACGUCCCCAGCGAUCCACACUCCCCGCCAAGAGAUCCGGGCCCAUCACCACCUACCGUACCCCUCGUCUCGGAGCUGGCCCUCCAUAAAAUCGUUACCAUCGUCGCGCAAUCCCCACAAAGUCGACAGGCCGCCCUAAUAUUGCAGGCGUUGCGUCAGCAAAUUUCGGUGGCUUCGUGUAAGGGCUACGCGAAGAAGACGGUGGAGCUGUUCGCCGAGCGGGAUAUAUUGUUUUUGAAGACGCGGAGAAAUUCCCUUCCCUCCGUCAUCUUCCUCGGCAGCGAAUCCAACGGCAUCGAGAGCCGAGAACAAUUGGCCCGUUUCGUCAACGCGAUCGCAUCUUUUAAAGUCGGCCGUGACUAUCUGCUCUCCAUCAGCCAGGGCAAAGAGCUGAUCACGCAAAUCCUGGGCUGCCUGCGCACCAAGCGCAUCCACAGCCACACGCAGGACAAUCUGCUAGCCGUCCUGCAAAAAUUGAGCAUACGGGCCUCCGUCCAAAAAGAACUGCUCCAACUUGGUGGCCUCGACUGGCUGUUGCCACUGCUUGAAGGACGACUGUCGGGUUAUGCCCAAGAAUUCGGGGCCGCCUUGUUGAUGAACUUGUGCAUGUGCCAGCCCGGACAGCCGACCUUGCUGAAAUUCAUCGAGCCCAUCCUGCAAACCCUGAAAAGCCUGAGUCGUAUGAAUAACCCGGCGAUGUGCCCCUACCUCAACGGGAGCAUCUACGGGCUGAUGGCGCUGGGGAGGGCCCGGUCUCGAGCCAGGGAUAUGGGUCUCGAACCGGUGCUUCAGGCAAAACUCGACCGGUCCGACUGCACCCUUGACGAGUUCCAGCUGCCUUUUCUAAUGCGUCAGAUACGGGGAGAGGUGGAAAUGAUGCGAAUUCCGUUGCCGCCCACGGAUGAGGAGGAUACGGCAGGAGACAACCUCGAAUCCGACAUCUCUGCUUCCGACACACUCCGCUCCUCCGGUUCCGAACUCAGCGGAGCACGACUUUUAAUAGCAAAGGGCCGGAAGGAAGAACCGAAAAUGCAAGAGGAGAUCAACGUCCCGGGUACGGUACCUCAAAAGCAUCCAAACCAGACACGAAUCACAAAGAAAGACGCAUCUAUACGCCGGAAUCGAAGCCGGACGGUGACGUUUGAAGGAUCGAGAUCCGAGCCCCGGUUGGCCACCACCGCCUCUCAGGCGACGUUCAUCAUCGAGCAUGACCGUCGGAAGCCGUGUGUUGUGGCUGUCGGCUUGACUGAAGCUGCCCUCCAAUAUCGACAUCAACAAAAAGAAAAGGAAAAUGCCGAGUUGGAGAAGAGGAGGCUCGAAGCGAAGGCAGAAGAGGACAAGCGGAAGGAGGAAGAGCGGAAGAGGGAAGAGGAACGAUUACGAGAAGAAGCCAAAAACCGACCAAAAGACCCGAGGGACCUGAGGAAGAAGGUCGACUCUGGGAGACCAAGAAAUUCUCCGCCCAAAACCGAAAUACCGCAUCACCACCAUCACCAUGAGGGCAGGGAAUGCAAGCGACACUCGAUUCACCAAGAGGAAAAGUCGAAGCCAGCGAUGAAAAGUGCAAGGAGUAUUGCCGUGGAAUCGAAAAGAGAAGCUGAGCCAAAAAUAGUGGAGUCCCCGAAAAAGAAGGAAGACCGCUCCCCGAAAGCCGAAUCUCCACUUCCGGCGAAGGAAAAUGUUAAUGUGGCCGGUGUAGAGAAAGAGCGAACUAAGGAGAGGAAGAAGCCGUCUCCUAUUGCAAUCCCGAUCGAUGAAAUCGUUCCCGAGGCAGCCCCGGUCAGCGACAAAAUCCCGAAGCGAAUCCCGGAGGAUGCAAACGCCUACGAGUACAUCUCCGUGUUCGGCGCCCGCCCGAAAGUGCCGAGAACCCCCGAGAAGGACAAGAAACCCACCAAUUCUGUCCUGCUUUAU